UUGUGCUGUGGCUAGCAGGCGCGGCGCCAUUUCAUCUCGGAAACCAGUGGCAUCCGACAGUGAAAGCAGGAGCAUCAUCACCAUGGUGAAAAUCUUCAUUGGGAAUUUGUCUCCAGACACCACGGCAGAGGAGCUGCGCUCCCUCUUCUCCCAGUAUGGCAAGAUCUCAGAGUGCGACAUCAUCAAGAACUUUGGCUUUGUGCACAUCGAUGACAAAGCCAAGGCGGAAGAUGCCAUCAAGAAUCUCCACCACUACGAGCUCAACGGGCAGGCCAUGAAUGUGGAGAUGAGCCGCGGCAGACCCAAAGCCUCCACCAAGCUGCACGUGGGUAAUAUCAACAGCAGCUGUACCAACCAAGAACUACGGGCCAAGUUUGAGGAGUACGGCCCAGUGGUGGAGUGUGACAUAGUGAAGGACUACGCCUUUGUCCACUUGGAGCGUGUGGAGGAUGCCAUGGAGGCUGUCAGUGGGCUGGACAACACAGCCUUCCAAGGCAAACUGCUGAGCGUGAAGCUUUCGACUAGCCGCCUGCGUACUACGCCUGGCAUGGGAGAGAGGACUGGUUGUUAUCGGUGCGGGCAGGAAGGCCAUUGGUCCAAAGAAUGUCCGCUCGACACGUCGGGCAACUACAGAGAGGGUGCCGAGCCAAGCUCUGACGGAUUCGAUGGCGGUGCCCCCAGGUUCGGCGGGGGCAGUCGCAGCGGCCGCGUUUAUCAACGGGGCUUCAGUGGCGGCGAUCCAGGUUACAGUGGCAGCUACGGUUCCGUGUACGACUUUGGCAGCAGAGGGUCUGCUUACGGCAGCGGCAGUAUACCCGGGUAUGGCAGGGGCGCGGGCUACGAGAGCGCAAUGAGUUACAGUGUCCCGCAGGGUUAUGGAAUGAGCGCUGCCGAACAAUGCAUGGCCCGGACAUACGCCAGUGAGGCAGUGUACGGCGGCACCAGCUCGAGCUAUGGUGCGAUCUCAGCCAACCCAGUGCGCCGGUCAUCUUACGAGGACCGGGAUCCUUAUGGUGUUGUGGACUUCUACGAAAAGUACCGGGCUCGUUCGUAUGGAGCCAGUUAUUUCGAAGAGCGCCGGUCUGUCCCUUUGCCAGCCCCACCUCCCCCCUCCUCGGCCAUAAUGAGGGAGCGCCUGCCGCCCUCUAGCCUCGACCUAUACGAGCGCUGUCCCCUCCCUCCUCUACCAGCCUCCAUCUCCUCAUACUACUCCCGCGACCGGAGCCCGAUCCGGCGAAUCCCUGCUGAUGCUGAGGGCUACGCGUACGAGCGCGCGCGCCUCUCCCCGGUGUCCUCCCUCCCCAGAAGCUUGGCUUAUGACAUCCCGCGGGACCCCUACACCGAGCGGGCGCGCUAUGCUUACUAACCUUUUUCCCACUUGUCCAGGUAUCGCAACAGUGUCGUGCUCGGUUGGCCAUCUUAGUUCCGUCUCGCUAUGCGUUUCGACUUGGUCGUGGGAUGGAUGGGGAAUGUGCAGACAUUUAGCUUCACUGUUCGAUAUCUGUCUUGUGUGUUAACUGAUAGCUUAGUAACGUUUGUAUUUCCCCGCUGAAAACAGAAUGUAAAUAUAGAUUUCAGGUAUUAUUAGAUUUGAGGUAUUUUACAAAAAGCAACCAAGUGCAUGUUGUUUAUUUUUUAAAUGUGAGUCCUUCAGUUGGAGGUGAUGUAGCAGUAGUUGAAUCGGUCAUUGCACUUAACUCUAAUUAGCCGUUUUAUGCAUUAGUGCGAAGAAUGCAAUCAUUUGCUAAUCACAUUCGCCUUCCUUUUAAAAUACAUAUAAAACCAUUAAAACAAUAGAUACAGGUGUUGUGAAUGAAUGUGUAAAUAAUAUAUAUUUUAUUUUACUCCACACCUAAGGCAGGGGAGGCAUAUUAUGCAUUUCGGCUGAUAUUUUUCAAUACCUUUUGAAAGUGAAAUUGCACUCAAGGGAACACCUGCUGCUUCAAAUCUAAUUUCCCGCUUAACAUAUGACUGUAUUACUCAAAUGUGUUUGAAUGAAAUAUUACACUUUGUAUACAUUCUGAACAGUUUAAAACAUUUCUAAACAAUAGGCCCAUUCCAUCUUGAAAAAGAAAGUGUUUUAGGAGUGCAUUUGGCACUUUGCCCUGAAUGAUAUGAGAAAUAUUUGUCCAUUUGUUUCUCAAUAAAA